AUGCGGCCACAUGCCAGCAUAGCAUCACAUGAAGCUGAUUAUCCCUUAAGCGGUCUGUCCCAGAUAAAAGAUGACUGGCCUGGAUACAGCCUGGACCUGUUCACCUACCCUGAACACUACCACGAAGACAUAGAGAGUGUUUACAUUCCACAUGGGGUAAUCAUGAACAGGGUGGAGCGUCUGGCCCGCUAUGUCAUGGAUGAUUUUGAGGACAACAUAAUGGUGCUGUGCGUCUUGAAGGGAGGCUACAAGUUCUGUGCGGAUCUGGUGGAGUUCCUCAAGGUUCUCGGCCGCAACUCCAACAAGUACCUGGAGACCCGGGUGGAGUUCAUCCGUCUGAAGAGCUACCAAAAUGACCAAUCAACAGAGGAGCUGCACAUCAUAGGAAGCCGAGAUCUGUCUUUCCUGCGUGGAAAGAGUGUGCUCAUUGUUGAGGCCAUAGUUGACACAGGAAAGACCAUGAAGGCCCUUCUGAAGCAUGUGGAGACCUUUGAACCCAAGAUGGUCAAGGUCUCAGGUCUGUUGGUGAAGAGGGUCCCUAACAUGGCUGACAGUCUGACAGACUAUGUUGGAUUUGAAAUCCCCAACCACUUUGUUGUUGGUUAUGCCUUGGACUACAAUGAAUACUUCCGUGACCUGAACCAUAUCUGUGUCAUCAGCAAGACUGGGAAGAUGAAGUACAAGGUUUAAGAAGUAAUGCACUGUUUUACAUUAGCAG